UAGGCUACGGAUGUCAUCUGGCAUCACAGCCAGGCACACUGCAUCCAAAGCAAACAGAGGACACGCUCGUUGACUCGGCGACAUUCAUUCACCCCAACUUCUCGCCCUUAAAUGAUAUGCUGAGACGACUGGUCUCGUCUGUACCGAUCCGUAAACCCUGCAGUGUUCCCAGUAAGUGCUCCGAAUCGUGACCGUACAGUUUCAUCGCAUUUGAAGGGUGUUUUGACAAUGAAUGAAGCAAAGCAAAUUUGACGGGGUGAUGCAACGGGCACUGGUGGUUAGCAUCACGCACUGUGUAGAGUCGGCAGCAGUUGGUUUGACAAAUUUGCUCAGAACAGUGUGUGUGUUUUCCUGAAACCACCACAGAUUGAAGUUGUGACAAGACACAAGUUUAUGGACAGUUUAACAGGCGUCAUUAGAGCUUGAUGAACAAUCGGCUUUUCUUGGACAAAGUCCAAAUUAAAGGAACUCGUCAACUUAGUCUGAUUCUGCAGACUCAGCACUGGAUGAGCUUUCAGUAGGCUCUGUAACCUUUAACCUCUGACCCCUGUUGUCGUCAUGGCGCCCCAUCCGGUGGUCCAAGCCAUCAUCGACCUCUCGGCAGGAGCAGUAGGUGGUGCAGCGUGUGUGUUUAGUGGUCAGCCGCUGGAUACGGCCAAAGUGAAGAUGCAAACGUUCCCAACGCUCUACAGGGGGUUCACACACUGCUUUACCUCAACAUACCGACAGGUGGGUCUGCGCGGUCUCUACCAGGGCACGACGCCGGCGCUUGUCGCUAACAUUGCGGAGAACUCUGUGCUGUUCAUGAGCUACGGCUUCUGCCAGGAGGUCGUACGCACGCUAACAGGAGCUGCUAGCGGGGAGCCACUCAGUGAUCUCCAGAAGGCGUGUGCUGGCUCGGUGGCGUCCAUUUUCUCAUCUCUGGUUCUGUGUCCAACGGAACUCGUCAAGUGCCGACUGCAGGCCAUGCACGAGAUGGCUGCCACCGGCAAGAUCGCCAUCGCAGCCAAUCAGAGCACGGUGUUUGGUGUGUGUCGCUCCAUCUGGGCUAACGAGGGGCUGCCAGGAUUCUUCAGAGGACUCGUGUCCACGAUCGCACGAGAGGUUCCCGGCUACUUCUGUUUCUUUGGAGGGUACGAGUUGAGCCGAUCGGCCUUCGCAGAUUACUACGCCUGCAGCAAAGAGGACAUCGGUGUUGCCCCGGUGGUCUUCAGUGGGGGGUUCGGAGGUGCGUGUCUGUGGCUGGUCGUCUACCCCAUGGACUGUGUCAAGUCUCGCAUUCAGGUGAUGUCGAUGUCUGGAGGGCAGGUCUCAACAGGCUUCACCAGGACACUGAUGGACAUCAUGCGCACAGAAGGUGUGCGUGCUCUGUAUUCAGGUCUGACCCCCACUAUGCUGAGGACCUUCCCUGCCAACGGAGCUCUGUUCCUGGGCUACGAAGCCAGCCGCAAGUUCAUGAUGGAACGCUUCGACCGCUGAUCACACACACACA